UACCGUAUAGUACAGUAUUAUAUGAUUACAUGUUAUACUAUAUAAUAAAAUGGGUGUGAAAUGAGUGUCAAUUGAAUUGAAUUGAAUUGAAAAGCAAUGCAUUAGACGUUAGGUUUAGAAUAAAGUGUUGACUUUUAAACAGUUUUGUUGUGUUUGUUGUUAUAACUUAUGUGUUGUUGUUAUGACUUUUGAAUGAAAUAGUGAUUCACUUAUUGUAUGACUGAUUGACCGACAAAUGCAUUCAUAACUUAAUAGUCAUUACAAUCAUAACAAUCAUUGCAUUUAAUUAGUGAUUCAUUUACUUAACAUUUGUUUGUCGCCGACACUGCGGUCAACAAAAUGGUCAAAACACGUGUUGACACGGUUUCAGGCGAUGAACAGGCCAUCAGUCUUCAGAUGGAUAGAUUGUGGCGACCAGUAUUUGACAAGUAUGACACCAACAAAGAUGGUAUCAUUGAAUGCCAACAAUUCAAGCGAAUCCUUAAGGAAAGCAAUAAUCAUUUGAGUGAAGACAUUCCCGAAGAAGUGUUGGACGAAAUGAUUGAAAAAAGCGAUAUCUGUAGAGAUGGUGUUAUCACUUAUGAGGAAUUUCUUAAAAUGAUCCACGCACGAGAUUUGGGCGCUCAAAGACCACGACUUCAUCGGCUUAUCCGUUACGCAGCAAUGGCUGUCGUUCCGCGAUCACAGAGAAGAUCCAUUAUUCGCAGAUAUCUUGAGGAUUAUAAUUGUAUGCCGCCGCCAUUAUUUCUUUUGGUAAUAAGUGUUCUCGAAGUAUCWGUUUUUAUUUACUAUUGUGUGGACAUGGGAUCAAUCUCAGCCAUAGGUCCCGUUCCCUGGAAAAGUACUCUUAUAUAUGACCCAUGCAAACGACAAGAGGCCUGGAGGUUCAUCACAUAUAUGCUGAUUCACGCGGGAUUUGUUCACAUAUUCUUUAAUAUUGUCGUCCAAUUGAUUCUCGGAAUACCAUUAGAAAUGGUACAUAAAUGGUGGAGAGUGGGAACAGUUUAUUUGGCAGGAGUUGCGGCCGGAAGUUUAGGCGCGAACAUUAGUGAUCCGUUCAGUUAUUUAGCCGGUGCUAGUGGUGGGGUCUAUGCACUCAUAUCGGCUCAUUUGGCCAGUGUUGUCAUCAAUUGGUCAGAAAUGGAGUUCAAUUGGCUUCGGUUGGCUGGUCUGGUGUUAUUUGGUGGCACUGAUAUUGGAGUGGCUAUAUAUGGCCGAUAUACUGAUGAUACCCAGAAUAGGACCAGUUAUGCCGCACAUCUUGCUGGAGCUGUGGCCGGAUUUUUGGUCGGCAUUAAUGUAUUACGUAAUCUACGGGUGCGGCGAUGGGAAACUAUUUUAGGCUGGUUUGCACUCGUCAUCUAUAUUAUGCUAAUGGGAUUCGCAAUUAUCUACAACAUAGUUAAUAAAGAUCACUAUAUUAAUCAGGAAAACACGAAUCAAUGUUUGCGGUCAGAGUAUCACGACUCACAACAACACCCGUAAAUGUUUGACACGACUUACCUAUAGUCUCCAGACAUUUAACUAAUUGCUCAUCAAUUUGAUUGACAAAAAACAUAUCGUAAAUCAAUUGUUCACAAAAUAUUUUAUAUACACUGCUCUAAAAAAAGCUUUAAUUAUAGGAUGAGUCAUGAAUUUAUUGAAUAUUGAAUUGUAGUAAUUGUUUUCAUUUCAAUAUUUAAUAUUAACUUAUAUUAUAUUUAUAAAUUUUAUACAAUUAUUGAGAAUUAUUUAAUUUAA